AUGUCUAUGAUUUUCUCAGCCAACCAGUACGAAAGUGCGUUCCGGCACAACAACAACUGGGAGGUCAAGCGGCAAGGCGACAAGAGCCCGUCGUCGACGAUGACGGCGUCUGGGCUGCUCGCGGCGCGCAAGGGGAAGACGGAGUUCAUCGCGGACGACAAGGGCCACCUCCUGGAGGGCAAGGGCGUGCGCAAGAUGUCCACUGCGUUCAACACGGAGCUGAAAGAGUUCCAGCAGAGUCCUAGUCGGUGGCCCACGCCGAGCCCGGAGGUCCCCUUGGGCCCGCGCAGCACCAUGGGCUACAAGGGCCGCCAGACGGACUACCUCCCGACGUCGACCGUGAAUAUCAGGACCGUGGAGAUCCCUGGAUGCCGCGAGACCAUGUUCUCGUGA